CCGCAACUACUCCCAUAUUCUGCAAUUGAACCAAGUUUUCAGAACACAACUAUCAACAUGUCUUCCACAAAUGGACAGAAGGUCACUACAGACCCCGCCUCUAAUAACGUCAUUUACGAAUCUGCCGGUACCGUAACCUCCGACUCCCUUGCUGCAGAGUCCUCCUCCUUCGGUGCUGGUAAUCCCAAAGCCGCCGUCUCCCAGCAGCCCUCCGCCUCCACAACCACGAACACAACCGACACCUCCAACGCGACACGCCUCGAUCCUGCUAUCGAUGCUGAGACUCGUGGCGCGCAGGAGGGAUGGAGCGAGGAGUCGCAGCUGAAGGCUGGACAGCAGCUCGGCAUCAAGGGCUUGGGUAAGGAGUCCGGCGUAGGGCCAACGUGGAACACAGUAAAAAGCGGACCAGGCGCUGCCAGUGUGGCGCCUACGGGCACAAAUCCUAGCGAUGUUAAGGAUGGGAAGCCCAAGGGCGCGAACCUAACAGAGGAUAAUGAACUACACGGACGGACGGUGUUUGGGCAGGUGGGAACGAUGCAGGACCCAGGACGAGUAGCCGAGUCGGAGUUUGGGAAGAAGGAUGCGGUGACUGGUGGGCCUAAAGAUGCCCCACAAUCAGGGGAGAGUAAGUUCAGUGCGCUUGGAGGCGACACAUCUGCGUAGACGGUUGAUGAUAUGACAACAUGUUAAGAGAGAUACCCGUCUGUAAGGUGUUUCGUUAGCGUAUCGUGACCACGAGCAUGUCAACUACAUAUUCCUGCGUAGUCCCUUGCAAUGCUCAACCUUGUCCUGUCUUUACACGUAUGGUUCAGUAGAUUGAGAGUGAAGGUGAGAAUGAUGUUCUCGCUUAUAUAAAAUACCCAAAGCCGAGAUGCGGCGAAAUCUUGUGAUAGCUUGAUAAUUAC